AGCUCUUGUCAUUGGCCAAACGGAAACGCAGUGACUCUGAAGAAAAGGAGCCACCUGUGAGCAAACCUACAGCAUCUUCAGACUCUGAGACAUCAGACAGUGAUGAUGAGUGGACUGUCGGAGGUUCUAAAAACAAGAAAAAGGGAAAAGCGGGUAAGGCAGAGAAGAAAGGAGCCAUGAAGAAACAGACGAACAAAGCUGCCUCUUCAGGCAGCUCGGAUAGAGACAGCUCAGCUGAGAGCUCUGCACCUGAAGAGGGAGAAGUCUCUGACUCGGAAAGCAACAGCUCCUCAUCUAGCUCAGAUUCGGAUUCUUCAUCUGAAGAUGAGGAAUUCCAUGAUGGCUAUGGAGAAGAUCUGAUGGGAGAUGAAGAAGACCGAGCUCGACUGGAGCAAAUGACAGAAAAGGAGAGAGAGCAGGAGCUGUUUAACCGGAUAGAGAAGAGAGAAGUACUAAAGAGAAGAUUUGAAAUCAAGAAGAAACUAAAAACAGCAAAAAAGAAAGAAAAGAAAGAGAAAAAGAAAAAGCAAGAGGAGGAGCAGGAGAAGAAAAAACUCACACAGAUCCAGGAAUCCCAGGUCAUGUCUCAUAACAAAGAGCGGCGAUCAAAACGGGAUGAGAAGCUAGACAAGAAAUCUCAGGCAAUGGAGGAGCUCAAAGCAGAAAGAGAGAAAAGGAAGAACAGAACAGCCGAAUUGCUUGCAAAAAAACAGCCAUUAAAAACUAGUGAAGUAUACUCUGAUGAUGAAGAGGAGGAGGAGGAUGAUAAGUCCAGUGAGAAAAGUGAUCGCUCAUCCAGAUCCUCAUCUUCUGAUGAGGAGGAAGAGAAAGAAGAAAUUCCUCCCAAGUCCCAGCCGGUGUCCUUGCCUGAAGAACUGAACCGAGUACGGUUAUCACGACACAAGCUGGAACGGUGGUGUCACAUGCCUUUCUUUGCCAAGACAGUCACUGGCUGCUUUGUCCGCAUUGGCAUUGGAAAUCACAACAGCAAACCUGUUUAUCGAGUUGCUGAAAUAACUGGCGUGGUAGAGACUGCAAAGGUUUACCAGCUUGGUGGUACCCGGACAAACAAAGGACUACAGUUGCGGUAA